AUGGCGGAUGAAAACUUUACUACCUGGUGGAGCAUCACCACCGAGUCAGCCACCGAUACGCUUUCAAAGGGAAAUGUCUCCGAAUUGUUGAACUCUACUGUGGAAACGUAUACGCCGUCUGCAACAAGCCUGCUGCUGUCGGCGACCGAGCAACUCGUCACCACGCUGAGCUCGUGGAACGUCACACCGAAUACGAACGGAACUACAGGUUCAAUGUUUAGCCCCCCACCAAAUGACAAUGGCUCCUGGUAUCCGGCUCUCCCGGAUUGGUGGGCAACAUUGAAUGAUAGAAUUGGGAUCAUUCUUCCAAUUUGCUAUGGCAUUAUAUUCGGCUGCGGUUUUAUUGGUAACCUGUUGGUGAUUCUGGUCCUGACGAAAUACUCCAGCAUGAAAACAUUGCCCAAUAUUUACAUUUUGAAUCUUUCCAUCGCUGAUUUUCUUUUCAUGUUCACCAUACCUUUUCUUUCCUACCAGUUUAUAGCCAACAAGUGGAUAUUCGGCGCCGCAAUGUGUAAAAUUGUGAUGGCCUUCGAUGGCAUGAACCAGUUCACGGGAGUAUUUUUACUUACAGCGAUGAGUCUGGAUCGCUACGUAGCGUUUGUGCACCCCAUGAAAUCGCUACGGAUUCGUACAGUUCGAACGACACGGACGGUAUGCGUUACGAUGUGGGUACUGUCUGCAUUGGUAUGUCUGCCACUUUGGAUGUACACAAAGAGCGACGUCUCUCGUUAUGACAAUAACACCGUUUGCUUACUGGACUGGCCGGAGGAGGUCGCUAAAUCAUUCCUAAUUUAUGCUUUUUUGCUUGGAUACGUACUGCCCUUGAUUAUAAUUUCAUGUUGUUAUUUCAUCAUCGUUAAACAAAUACUGACAAGCAAACAACCAGGCGGUAAUACAUCGGGAGUGAAUCGAAAGGGUUCUAGACGCGUUGCAAUGCUAGUCAUCGUUGCUGUUGUAACGUUUGCGGUUUGUUGGCUUCCUUUCUACGCCACCCAGCUUCACUUUGCCUUUUUUUUGGAAGGGUUCCCAUCAAUGGCGGCGAUGAUAUCUAAUUACGCCAGUAUUUGUUUAAGUUACGGAAACAGUGUGAUUAACCCGAUAAUUUACACAUUUGUUGGAAGAAACUUUAAGACGAACAUAUUACGCCUACUGCGUUGCCAAGGAGACUCGUACAAACGAUCGCAAAGUACCUAUUUGUCUGGUAGUCGAGCAACAGUGCGCCAACAAAGGAAUGGCACACUGAACCCGACGGGAGUCAAAAACGUCCUUUCUACCGUGUCAGUAAACGAUUCGCCCACUCGGAGUGUCGAUAUGAUGACAUUCGACAACAGCGCAUUCAAGAAUGCUUCGGCGAAUACGCUAGCUGCCGGGUUCAGUCAAAGUAGCACUGCAAAAGUUACUACGAACGAUCAUAAAGUUGAACCAAAAUCAACAUCUGGGAACAAAGACACUGUUGAUGGUACAUCUACGACCAAAAUGUCACCAGUCAUAUCACAGAGAAAUGAUGCACUUGUAACAACAAUGCCGCAUACAUUGCCAAGGGAUACAGAAUCAUCGGGUAAUGGGGCAGCGAUUAUUGGUGACGUAGCAUGUACUGGCCACGUGAACCUUGCAAUGGACAAUAGCGAUGGCGAAACCGACUCCCCAGUUCACACUGAAGCCUGA